AAAGGAGACUCUUUCUGAGACAUUCCCCCCACUCCCAUAAAUCUCAUAUAAAAUCCUCUUUCCCAACCACCACCAUUUCCUUAUGUCCACUAACCAAAGUCAUGUAGCCACUCCCUCCUCCUUAGCCUUCUCAACCUCCACCACCUCCAAUCUCCACCCACCUCUCUCUCUCUCUCUCUCUCUCUCUCUCUCUCUAAACCUCAAAAAACCAAACCAAAAUGCUUGGAAAAAAGAUGGUGAGUUUCAAAGAGCUAGCAAAGAAAGUGAAGGUUAUGGGAGGAGCUGAGAGAGAGCCAUCACACCAUGAGUAUCUGCUGAGGAAUUCGGAGCAAGGAGGCUCUCCGUCAGCGAAAACCCCGACUGGAUUUUUGGCCUUGUAUGUAGGCGAGGAGCGCCAGAGGUUUCUGGUACCAACAAGCUCCCUUUCUCAUCCACUCUUCAAGAUGCUGCUGGAGAAAGCUUACAAUGAGUACGGCUUUCAGCAGAGAUAUGGGCUUGUGGUGCCCUGCAGCGUCUCAGCUUUUGAGGAGGUUUUGAAUGCUGUGGAAUGCAGCAAUGGCAAGUUUGAUUUUGGUGAACUUGUUGAGGAGUUUAUUUCAUGAGUCAAAAAUAUUUGUUUUCUUUUUGUACAAGAAAUACUGAGAGAGUGAUGAAUCAAAAUUGAGACCUCAAGUUCUAGUAGCUUAGGGCGACCGGGCCAGGCCGAGUCAGAAAAGUUUUGAUUGCACAAGGUGAAUGCUCUUAACUAAACUAAAUUACGAGCCA